UGCAAUCAUGUAUCCUCCAAGAAAACUUCCUUGUUAGGUUCAAUCUGAGAAAUACUGGGCUAAGGAGUUUGAUGUUAUUUGUCACAAUAAAGUUCAUAUAUAUUGUAGAUCUAUGAAUUUGCAAAUUGCAAUCCUCUGGAGGUGAGUUUAAACUUCAGAAUGGAAAUUUUAGAUUUUUUCUUGCAUUUUACAAUUUAGUAUUCUUUUUAUGUGCAGACUUUUAUUUUUGGUUUCUCAUUCUAUUACAUGAUUGGACUAACAUGUGUAACAAAGGCUAUGAAUCCUUUUUGGAUUGUGCCUUGUAAUACUUGUAGGGAAACAUGGUAGGGAUUUUUUAUUUGUACGGAUUUUUUUUUUGCUCCAUCCACCUUUAGAUGCGAUUUCUUAUUAGUGUUUUCCCUUAACUCUCAAGAAGUAUUGAAGGACAAUACAAUGUUUGUGGUGGGGACUUCAGAAAAAACAAAUGUCCAAAAGAAGUAAAAUUGUAAGUCCUACAACUUCUCCUUCUACUCCAGACUCAAUAAAUUUUAGGGAAGAUGAUGUUGCAAGUGAUAAAUCUAUUAGCCUGUGGAGACCAAUAGGCAUAAUGACCACAGAGAAUACAAGCGAUGCAGACCCUAUCGAUACCUUUUCAACGCAUGGCUACAUGUCGGUUGAUAAAUCUUCCAAUGAAUCUCUUCUAUCAACUCAAAUUCCUGCUCAAAUAGAAUCCAUCAAAAUGGAACAAAGAUCUCGUAACUUCUCAAUCGAUGAAGACAAUCAGCUUGUGUCUGUUUGGCUCAAUGUUUGCUUAGAUGCAGAUAAUGGAGAUGAGCAAAAAAGUAGUGGGUAUUGGAAAAGAAUAUGGGAGUAUUUCAACAAGGGAAAGAAAUUUACUUUUGAGCGUGUUGCUGAUUCUCUAAUGGACUGUUGCUCAGCCAUGCAAUUUGCAGUGAAUUAUUUUUGUGGGUACUAUGCCCAGAUUAAAGCAAUGAAACAAAGUGGUGUCAACGACCAAAUAGGAUAAUACCGCCGAUGGAGAUGUACCAGCAAAU